AUGGCGUUUCAAUUCGGGUUUGCGAAUGACGAAGGCAGCGAUGAUGAUGGUGCCAUGGACACAGGAAGCGGUGUCAAGAGUUGUCCCGUCGCCGCUGCUGAGAACCCCGUGCCUGUGAAACAACACACGCUGGAAGAACUGCUUGCGACUCUACCUGAGAGAAUAAGCUACACAACAGUCAAAGUCGAAUCGCCACUAGGUCGCAUCGCAUACAUACCUCGACGGGAACUGUUCGAUGUGCGACUACAACUACUACAAGAAGACGGCAGCUCCAGUGAUCAGGUGAUCGAUCAGCUAGAGAACUCCGAUCUUCGUGCCGGAGUGUACGAAGGCGGCUUCAAGACAUGGGAAUGCUCAAUCGAUCUGGCCAGUCUACUACUAGAUCGGGGUCCUCGCAAAGAUAUCGACGAGCUCGUCCGGUGUGACCAAGUCGUUGAGCUGGGUGCAGGGAGUGCCUUGCCUGCCUCUAUCCUCUUCCGCCAUGCUGUGCAGAAUGCAGUGACUGGACUCACGUUCACGCUUGCAGACUACAAUGAGGACGUUUUGCGGCUGGUGACGCUGCCGAAUAUGCUCCUGACUUGGGCUGCGAGCACAGAAAUUCAGGACUCUGAAUCAGAACUACCACGUUCUGACAGUGAAAGCCAAGGCGACUUGGAAAUCACACCAGCGUUAAUAGAACGUUUCAAAGCGGACCUGGCAUCGAAGAACAUCAUCAUAAAUUUCCUCUCCGGUCCAUGGUCAUCAACACUGGCAGAUCUCAUCCCACAAUCGGCGCCAGACAUGGGUUUGGUCAUCCUGGCUGCAGAAACGAUAUACAGCCCUGCUUCUACUGUGGCCUUCGUCGAUCUACUGGCGAUUCUAUUGAAGCGUGUAAAGAUGGCAAAAGCCAUGAUCGGCGCGAAGCGAAUGUACUUUGGUGUCGGCGGCUCCGUAGACGGUCUCAAAGCUGCCUGUCGAGACAAAGGCGCAGUAGCAUACGAGAUCGAGAACCACGGAGUACCCGGCAUGGAAGGCGGCAUUGGAAGAGCCUUGAUCGAGAUACAAAUGUACUGA